AUGGAGGGUGUUGAUUCUCUGUCCCUAGAUGGUAAUGUGAAUCAGUUCGUUGAAGAUUACAAGUGGAGGAUCUCGGCGGUGAACUCAACCUUUAUGAACGGUAUUCUUGAUGCAGUUAUGAAUAUUAAUAUUCUAGAUUAUGAUUGUGAUGACAGGUGUGCUUGGAGCUUAAAUCAUGAUGGGAUUUUUAGCUCCAAAUCAGCAUGGGAGGAUAUUAGACUGAAGAAGCCUAAUGUUCCUUGGGCUUCUUUAAUCUGGUGCAAAAAGCAGCUACCCCAGAUCUCAACCUUAACGUGGAGGGUGAUCCAUGGAACGAUGCCUACAGAUGAUGCAGUGAAAAAGAGAUCAGUCACCCUUGCUUCUAAGUGUGAAUUGUGUAAAACUGAUGAGGAGACUAUGGGCCACAUUUUUCUACAUUGCUCUUUCUCCAGGGAGAUAUGGGGAUUAUUGUGCGAGUGUUUCAAUGUGAGAUAG